GUAUUAAAACUUAUGAGUAGGUCCCAGUUGUUAAAAUUUAUUGAUAGAGGAGAUGAACUUCAUCUUUUAUAAAUACACACCCUAGGGUUAGGGCUCUGCAUAUCCAUUGCAACAAGGUUUGAAGAAUAAUUUGAAAGGGUACUAGCUAGUAGAGCUAGUACUUCUACUACUGUGAGAGUAACAUCAUCAUGAGGAAGCGCCAAGUGGUUGUGAGAAGAGAGGAGCCUCAGAGGAGUGGCGUUAGGGCGGUGAAAUACGGCGAGUGCCAGAAGAAUCACGCCGCGAAUGUGGGAGGGUAUGCUGUUGAUGGCUGCAGGGAGUUCAUGGCAAGUGGCAGUGGCAGCGGCGGCGGCAGCGGCGGCGGAGAAGGAACAAGUGCUGCUCUCACUUGUGCCGCGUGUGGCUGCCACAGGAACUUCCACAAGAGACAGGAAGCUGAAGUGGUGAGUGAGUGCUCCUCGCCUACCUCCAAUGGAACUUGAUCAGAGAGAGAGAGAGAGAGAUAUUUCAUCAUGUUUAUACCUCAACAAUCAUGCUGCUAGCUACUCCAUAUCCCUUAUAAUAUAUUUUGUGGAAUUUGCUUUUUCUGCUUGUUAAUUAAUUAAGAAUUGGGGUUUUAAUUAAUUAAACAUACUGCUGAACUAGUAUGAUCGAAUUAAUGAAUAUUCUAGAACUAUUAUAUAUAGUAAUUCUAGAGUGGUAAUGUAUGUGAUGAAUUUUAGGUUGAUGUUUGUAAUUAAGAGAAAAGUGCAAUCACAAAUUGUUUUUGUGAUGAUGAGUGUGCAAAGUUUAUUUUGAUCAUCUUCUCUUCUUACAUGUUUGGUUUAAACUUGUUUUUGAAGAAAUAAUUACUUGGUUUCUGUCAAAAGAAAAAGUAUUUAAUUUACUUAUCAGAAAUCAUGUUUCCAAACAUGUAAGUAGUUACUCGGUUAAUUAAACUAGUCUUUUGUUGUUGCUUUGUUUAUUUAUGAGCUUGUGUUUGUAAUUAAGUUGUGUUAUGGAUUUUGCUUUGUGGCUAUAGCUACUCGAUGAAGCAGUUGGUUCAGUUUGAAAUUUGAUGAGGAAAAUUGGUUU